AUGCCGGAGAUUGGGAGUCUCAGAGCACUUGCCAACGGCGAGAGCCAGUUCGUUGGCAGCUCCUCUGGUGUCUACUUUAUCAACACCGUGAGACGAGCAUUUUCCGCACAAACCAGCGCAACAGCAGACGCCAACCAGCGGACCAAUGACGUGGGCGGAGAACUUCGCGAUGAUCCAUCACCAGAAGAUUGUAUUGUCGGGGCCGAAGGAGAUGAUGAGACCGAGCCAGACGAGGAUGCGGACAACGCGGGCCACCAUGAAUCUCACCCACAGUCGCACGAUCACCUCUCCCCAUUUUCUACCGGUUCCGACUUCAUCAAUGAUAUGAGCAAACUACCGGACUAUUCAACCGCCAGGAAGCUCGUGAUGACAUACUUCAGAAUUUGGCACCCCUUAGUUCCUUUCUUGCAAGGCCCCGAAUGCCUCGCCGAGUUGGACGCUCUGUACGCCUCUAUCGAGCAUGACCGACGCAAUGUUGCGUCUCUCAGCCGUCUAGUCAUCUUCAGGUGCAUCUUCAGCAUUGCGAGACUCGAUAGCGACGUCGCAGUGGACAUAGGAUCUGCAGGGAUCCGAUCAAGCUCCGAUCUACUACCCACCUUGAGCCUCUUGGCUCUACGGAGCGAUGCCUGUUCCAUCCAGGCGCUUCUUAGCGCUCAAGUGUACUUCAUAUCGGUUAUGUCUCUUCGACAUGCGUCGUCCGUCGGUGGUCUUAUUUCAAAGUCCAUAUUCCAGUCCGGCAUGCAUCGCUGCCCCGUUCGAUAUGGCCACCUAUCCCCAGAUGAACGAUCCAUGCGCAAGCGAAUUUUCUGGAGCUUUUAUGUUCUGGACCGGUUUGUGAGCCAGUCUCUAGGCCACCCUAGCGGAAUUCAAGACUCAGAUAUCGAUCGCAAUCCGCACUUUCUCCCGCAAGUGCUGCAGCAGACAACACGAUACUACAUCUUCCAGCCAAUCACCCCGAAAGAUGUGCGAAAUCCCGAGACAAAGGAGAGUACGAUUCAGAUUCAUCAACAGAAGUGGAAGAAGGGGACCAAAACGCAGCUGGAAAUAGCGAAGCAAACGCCAGUUCAGCCAAAGCUGCCGCCAUUCUUCGACACCGUCAAGAGACCCAGAACGUUCUUCAAAACCAUGCAAGACAUUCGCAGCUGGUUGGACGAGUCCUAG